CGGACUAUGGAUAGAAUAACUUUCAGUGUGAAUGGGGAGCCUUGUUCAGCGGGUUCCGAGGUAGACUCCGAUGAAACCCUGAACGACUUCCUACGAAAGCGACUGAACCUCCGAGGCACGAAGUACAUGUGCAAGGAGGGCGGGUGUGGAGUGUGUAUAGUGGCUGUUACCGUCCCUGAUGCUGAUGGCAAGAGGACCACGUUGUCUAUUGAUUCUUGUUUAACAACAAUUUUAUCGUGCCAAGACUGGGAAAUCACCACAGUGGAAGGGAUAGGGAACAGACAAAGGUACCAUCCGAUACAACGCACUCUGGCGAAGUAUAAUGGAUCUCAAUGUGGGUAUUGUACACCUGGAUGGAUUAUGAGUAUGUACAGUUUACUAGAAAACAAGAACUACGAUCUCACCGAAUAUGAAGUCGAGAAUUCCUUCGGCGGCAACCAAUGCCGCUGCACAGGCUACAGAUCCAUCCUAGAUGCCUUCAGAAGCUUUGCUAAGGAUGCUCCAAAACCCAACCUUGUCGAUAUCGAAGAUUUAAAACUAUGCAAAAACAAAGGAACUUGUAAUAAACCGUGUGAAGAAGACUGGUGUGUUGUUCCCAGACGAGGAAAGGUUAAAAAGAUAUAUUUGAGCGAUCAUAAAACGUGGUACAGGGUAAAUGAAAUCAAUGACGUUUUUGAAGUGUGGAGAAAUGAAGGGACAGAUUCUUAUAUGCUAGUGGAUGGGAAUACGGGACGAGGUGCGAUCCACAUAUUUGAAUUUCCUCGAGUGCUAAUCGAUAUAAGUGCAGUCUAUGAACUAAAAAUACAUUACCUGGACCAAAACUUAAUAAUCGGUGCUGGGACUUCGUUGACCAAUACGAUGCAGAUAUUUAAGAACAUGGCUGAGAUGUAUGAAGAGUUUUCUUAUUUAGAAAAACUCUACGAACAUUUGGAUUUGGUGGCUCAUAUACCUGUCAGAAAUGUUGGAUCUAUAGCCGGGAAUUUGAUGCUGAAACAAAGAGAUAUGGGAUUCCAAUCCGAUUUAUUUUUGUUGUUGGAAGCCAUUGGCGCUUUUAUCACUAUUGUAAGCGCAGAAAAUUCGAUAGACGUAACAUUGCAAGAGUUUCUGUCGAUUGAUAUGAGAGGAAAGAUCAUCACUGCAGUCAAAAUACCUCCACUGUCUGAUAAUUACAAAUUCGCUUCUUUUAAAGUUACGCCCAGAUCUCAAAACGCUGUAGCUCAAGUCCACGGAGCUUUCCUUUAUGAACUAGAUCCAAAUGACAGAGAAACAGUUAAAUCAGCACGAAUAAUAUACGGUGGCCUUUCAAGAGCUUUCACUCAUGCGUAUAGAACAGAAUUGUAUCUAAAGGAUAAGAAGUUGUUCGAAAAUGAUGUUCUGCAAGGAGCACUUAAUGUUCUGAAUGACGAAAUUGUAGUAGAGGAAUUUCCAGGAAUGUUCUCACCUGAUUUUAGGAAAAAAGCUGCACUGGGAUUAUUUUAUAAGGGCUUACUCAAUAUAAUACCGGCAGAGCUAUUAAACGCACGGUACGCAUCUGGAGCCAUCGAUCUCCGGAAAUACAGACCACUAUCAAAAGGUACCGAAAUUUAUGACACAAACCCAGUAUUAUGGCCUUUAAAUGAGCCUAUGCCAAAAGUGGAAGCACUCAUACAGUGUGCUGGGGAAGCUUUGUAUGUUAACGAUCUACCCACACAGAGAAAAGAAGUGUAUUGUGCGUUUGUCACUGCGAAGAUUGCGACCGGUAAAAUCGAGCAUAUUGAUCCAUCAGAGGCUCUGUCUCUCCCCGGUGUACUAGCUUUUUACUCAGCCAAAGACAUUCCUGGAAAGAACAUUCUGAUAAGUGGCAGAGUACCGCUUUAUCAACCUCAAAUACUAUUAGCUGAAGAUAGGAUUACCCACUUCGAUCAGCCCAUUGGAAUAAUAGCAGCUGAAACAGAAGUGUUAGCAAACAGGGCAGUCGAAUUAGUACAUGUAACAUAUAAAAAGGAUGACCAGAAACCUUUACUAGAUAUCCGUGAUGUAAAGAUGUUAGAUCCGAGUCGAAUAACGUUGUAUAAAUCUAACCCAGCUGAAAAAGAACCUGGUGUAGAUGUGCAUAGAGUAAUAAAAGAAACGGAAAAUAUAUUCUGGCAGUAUCACUAUACAAUGGAAACCCAGAGUUGUGUUACUCGUCCCAGUGAGGAUGGUAUUGAUGUAUUAUCGUCAACUCAAUACCCAGAUAUGAUGCAUCUGGCUAUAUCAGAAUUGUUGAAUAUAGAGCAAAGUAGAAUAAACUUAGAAGUACCAAGAUGUGGAGGAGCUUAUGGCGCCAAAAUAACAAGGAGUAGCUACACGGCCACUGCCAGCGCUCUGGUCACAUAUUUGCUCAACAGACCGUGCAGAUUUGUGAUGGAUAUCCAACCUAACAUUCGCGUCAUUGGCAAGAGAUUACCGUGUAAUCUUGAUUAUGAGGUUGCAGUAAACGGCAUUGGUGAAAUACAGUAUUUAAAAUAUAAUCUAUAUCAAGACACUGGCUACAAAGACAACGAUCCCGUAGGAUUUCUAACUUUCCCAGGAGUAAAGAAUUGUUAUGACAAGAGUCGGUGGAACUUCAGCGUGUUCACUGUUACUACAGAUACUACUUCCAAUACAUAUGCCAGAAGUCCUGGAAGUUUUGAAACUGUUUGCAUGACAGAGCACGUCAUGGAGAGAAUAGCAUAUGAAUUAGACUUGGAUCCACUUCAAGUGCGUAUGUGCAAUCUCAAUAGUGAAUACACAGAUGUAAAAGAUGUAUUGGAAACACUGUUAGAGGAUAGUGAUUAUGAAAAACGAAAAAUGGAAGUAGAAGAUUUUAAUCUUAAAAAUAGGUGGAUGAAACGGGGACUCCGAGUUGCAAUCAUGAGUUGGCCGGGAGCACCUAUGGUUGACUUUCAUAUUUAUAUAUCCAUCUAUCAUGGAGACGGGAGCAUUGUAAUUAAACAUGGAGGUAUAGAAAUAGGUCAAGGGAUUAACACAAAAGUGAUACAAACCGUUGCUUUUGUAUUGAGAGUUCCUAUUAGUAAGAUUAAAGUAAAACCACUAGAUGUAGCAUCUGUUCCAAAUAACUUUUCAACUGUUGCGAGUCGAACAACUCAGGCAAUAUGUUUUGGUGCUAUCAAAUGCUGCCAGUUGCUUCUAGAUCGUCUAGCACCCGUCAGAAAAUCAGUUAAGGAUCCCACAUGGGAAAAUUUAGUGCAAGAAGCGUUUGAGCAAGGAAUCAAUCUACAAACGAGUUAUCAGGUCAAUUCGAAUGAUCAGGAAGCUCAUAGAACUGCUGGUAUUGCUCUUUCAGAAGUAGAAUUGGAUAUAUUAACCGGUGAAUGUCAUAUACGAAGGGUUGAUUUAGUUGAAGAUGUUGGUACUAGUGUUAACCCUGAAAUUGAUAUUGGUCAGAUCCAAGGUGCUUUUACAAUGGGAAUAGGAUACUGGACGACAGAACAAUUAAUUUAUGAUAAAGAGACAGGUCAGAUACUGACGGAUCGGACUUGGAACUACCACAUACCUCAGGCUAAGGAUAUACCGAUUGACUUCAGAAUAAAGUUGCGGAAGAACCACAAUCCUGUUGGGACUUUGGGCUCUCGAUCGGUCGCUGAACCAGCAACAUGUUUAGCUGUGAGCGUCGCCUUCGCUUUAAAAGCUGCCAUUGCUGCUUCUAGAGAAGAAACAGGAUUUCCAAGAAAUCAAUGGUUUAAUGUUGAAGGUACCUACUCAGUUGAAGCGAAUGUUUUGCAUUCACAAGUUAAUUUGGCGGAGUUUCUGUACAGAUAACUAACUAUAAUUACUGUAAAGUGUGAAUUUGUAUCAUACAAAUAUAAUAUUUUA